UUCUAUAUCAUCAGACACUCACACAACACAGCAACAAUGGCAUUACACCACCUCCACUCAUUAAUAACACUCGCACUACUUCUCACACUAUCAUUCCCAACCGCCGUUCAACCCAUCGGAAUCAACUGGGGCACCGCCGCAUCCCACCCACUUCCGCCGUCUAAAGUUGUGGACCUCCUUAAACUCAACAAAAUCACUAAAAUCAAACUAUUUGAUUCCAACCCACAAGUUCUUGAAUCCCUCCAGAAUUCCAACAUUGAUGUCACUCUUGGCAUUCCUAAUUCCAUGCUUCAUUCCUUGAAUUCUUCUCUUAAGGCUGCUGAAUCUUGGGUCCAUGAUAAUCUUACCCGCUAUCUUUCGGGUCGGACCCGCAUUGAGUACAUUGCUGUCGGAGAUGAGCCAUUUCUCCAAAGCUACGGCUUACAAUACUAUCCUUAUGUAGUUGGGGCAGCCAUUAGUAUCGAAGCAGCAUUAAUCCGUGCUAAGCUAGCAAACAAGGUUAAAGUGGUAAUUCCUUGCAGCUUUGAUGCAUUCCAGUCAGAAUCUGGUUUACCAUCAAAAGGACACUUCCGAUCAGAUAUUAACAAAACCAUGAUUGAAGUCCUCAACUUUCUUACGAAGACUCGAUCUCCAUUCUUUGUAAACAUCUCACCCUUUUUAAGUUACUAUCAGAAUAAAAACAUUUCACUUGAUUUUGCUUUGUUCAAAGAAACCGCUCGUCCACAUAAUGAUAGUCGUAGAUCAUAUAAAAGCAGCUUCGAGUUAAGCUAUGAUACUCUUAUUACUGCGUUAACAGUUGCAGGAUUUCCGCAAAUGGAUAUAGUAAUUAGCCAAAUCGGUUGGCCAACAGAUGGAGUUCCAAAUGCUACCGUUUCAAAUGCAGAGAUAUUUACAAAGGGACUUUUAAACUAUCUUCAAAGCAAAAAAGGGACCCCGCUUAGGCCUCGGGCUGUGCCACUUGAAACUUAUCUUUAUACCCUUGUAGACGAAGAUCAGAAAAACUUAACUGCUGGAAAUUUUGAAAGACACUGGGGUUUGUUUACUUUUGAUGGGCAAAGCAAAUAUCAGGUUGACUUCAGUGAAAGCACAAAAAAGCUCAUGAAUGCAAAGAGUGUGGAGUAUCUUGCUCCAAAAUGGUGUGUGGUAAAUAAUAAUUUAGAUUUGUCAAACGCAACUGCACGUGCUAUGGAGGCUUGCUCUAGUGCUGACUGUACUGCACUUUCACCUGGUAGUUCUUGUUUUAACCUCAGUUGGCCUGGUAAUGUGUCGUAUGCAUUUAACAGUUACUACCAACAACAUGAUCAAAGGGCUGAUAGUUGUGAAUUUGGGGGGUUGGGAAUGAUCACUACCGUUGAUCCAUCAGUGGGUGGCUGCAGGUUCAAUGUACAACUAAAACCUUCUUUGUCGGUUAAGCUUCUUCGUAUGUCAAACUUCAACCUUUCUUUGAUAUUGCUUAUUUUAACCGUUUUGUUGUUGUCACAUAGGCUAUGAUGGUAAAUUUGGUUGUAGUAGUAGAUUGCGGUCAAUGUUGUUUGUUUAUGAUUGUAUGAUGAAUUAUCCGAAAUUUUGCCACUACUUUCAUGUAUCCUCUAUAGAUUAGUUAAACUAGUUUCUAAUGUAGUUUCUGAAAUUAGUUCU